AUGGAUGUGCAGAGUGGAAUGGCUGUCUCUUUAUGCUACAUCUUUGAGGGAACAAAAGUAGUUAACUUCUGUCCAGAGACAUGGAUGCAAGUGAAAGCCAAUUGCUACUUCAUAUCAGUGAGAAGAUCAACCUGGGCAGAGAGUAAUAAGCACUGCUCCUCUCACGGGGCUCAGCUUGUUGUGAUUGAGGACGAGGAGGGGCUGGAGUUUCUGUUUCUUCAGUGCAGACGCUUCCUAACGUUUUGGAUUGGCCUAAACAGGAGUCCACAGGAGGAGUGGAGAUGGGUGAACAAUGAGCUCUUCAAUCACAGUCGGUGGACUUUAGGUGUCUCCGCAGGAGGGCACUGUGCCUGUGUGGCCCAAGAGUCAAUAGAAAGUCUCAACUGCAGCAGUCAGCAUCACUGGAUCUGUAGGAUGGCCGUGGCAAACUACUGACCAGAACUUAAAGAAGGAGAGUGGCCUGUGCUCCUUUGGAACUUUGUUCUGAAAAAUCGACAUCAGAAGAUACUCAGAAGCGAUGUCAUAAGAAAGGAGGACUGUAAUGUGUAAAGUUAUAGUUUAUUACAUUUGAUUCCUUAAUAAAAGAACCCCAUGAGAAAGGCCAAUCUAAAGACGAUUCUUGAAGCAUUCAGCAAUACCACAAGUUUUUGAAAUUAUGAUUUCUACUGUAGGGGACCACAGCAUGUGAUAAGAAUGACCAUUGACCAGCAACUUCCAAGUCUAAAAUGAUUUCAGUUAAAAAUGAGAGGUCACGUUCAACUUCUCUGACCUGUUGAAUUGCAAGAGAAAUGAUGUGACAGCAGACAUUGAAGGAUUACUGAUAUAAAAGUGUUGUAGUCAACACUGCAAAAAAAUGAAAUCUAAGCAAGUGAAAAGCAUUUAUAUCGUGACAUUAAAUCUUGUUUUCCUUAUUGUAAGAAUUAUUGACUUAUCAUAAAGGUUGAAUUUACGAUUAUUUAACUUACUUGUCAAGUAACCCCAUUGGCAGAUUUUUUUUUACUAAACAAAAGCACAAUUCCUAUUUAAAGUUUUAUUUGUCCAGUUUUUGCCUGUGCGUUUUUUGCAGUGUAAAUGACAACUGCACAAGAGCAUCAGCUUGUGAAACUGUAAA